GGCGGCGAUGGCGGCUCGCAGUUUCAUUCCGGAUUUCCACUGGACUACAAACUGAUUUUAACCGAGCCGGUUAGACUUUUGGGGAACUUUUGUAAAGCUGUCUCUCGUCGGACUCCGCACAGAGUGAAGUCACGUUGAACCAGUGCUUGGCAUCAAGCGGCCCCACAGCUUUUUUGGGGUAUUUUUGUCCUAGGUUCAAGGUGGUCACCCUGUCGAGCUAGCGGUAGCUUGGUGGCUGCUAGCUAACGUUAGUUGGUAGCUCCUGGGCUAGCUUGUCAACGAGCUGCGUGCUAAGGUCCAUACAGCAGCAGUCGUCGUUCGGCAGCUUUUCUUGACCACGUCCACGUUUUUCUCUUAUACUUACAAUGAAAAUGCACUCUAUUUAAUGUUAGUUGUGCCACAAGUGUGCAGAGCGAGGUACUCACACGUUUGCUUGGCCUCUUGUUAAUUUGAAUUGCUAGUUUGGCGGCUGUGGCUAAAGACGGAUUUUGACUCACUAGCAAGCAAGUUCCUUCAGUAAUUGUCCCAACAACUUCGGGCAAAAGGGUGCUAUCAACUGAGAAUUGAACUUGAGUUGCUGUGGGGUCUUUGCGUGCUCAUCAACAUGCUGAAGACCCGGCAGUGUUUACUCGGCAUCCGCACUUUUCUCGGCGUAACAUCGAGAAUAUGGGGCUUCAUCAUGUACAUCCUCAGGAAGCACCUACGAACGAUAAUCCAGUAUCAGACGGUGCGAUACGACACUUUGCCUCUGUCACCUGUUUCCAGAAACAGACUCAAUGCAGUAAAGAGGAAGAUUCUGGUUCUGGACCUGGAUGAGACGUUGAUCCACUCUCACCAUGACGGGGUCCUCAGACCCACAGUGAGACCUGGCACACCGCCAGACUUCAUCCUCAAAGUCGUCAUUGACAAGCACCCAGUCAGAUUCUUCGUCCAUAAAAGGCCACAUGUUGACUUCUUUUUAGAAGUGGUGAGCCAGUGGUAUGAGCUGGUGGUUUUCACAGCCAGUAUGGAGAUCUAUGGCUCAGCGGUCGCAGACAAGCUGGACAACAACAGGAACAUCCUGAAACGCAGAUACUACAGACAGCAUUGUACAUUGGAUCUAGGUAGUUAUAUUAAAGAUCUAUCUGUAGUACACGAUGACUUGUCCAGUAUUGUCAUCCUGGACAAUUCGCCUGGCGCUUAUCGAAGCCAUCCAGACAAUGCAAUACCUAUCAAGUCCUGGUUCAGCGACCCUAGUGACACAGCACUUCUCAACUUGUUGCCUAUGCUGGAUGCACUAAGGUUCACUGCUGAUGUCCGCUCCGUCCUCAGUCGAAACCUCCACCAGCACCGGCUCUGGUGAUUGGCUGAAUCGAGAGGGGGUGGGGCUUGUUGACCAGCCUCUUCCUCUCUGCCGGCUUCCAUCCCGCCCUCCCUUCCUACACAGACGACCCACCAGCCCUCUCUGAGCCUCUCAGGCGUGUCCUGAGGAGAUGAGGGUUGGGGUGACCGCCUAACAUGGGAUGAACAGUACGGGAGCACCAGAGCCCAGAAAGUACUGAGGAGGGAGGGGGAGCCACCUUGUUUGUUUGUUUGUUUUUUUGUUUUGUUUUUGUUUUUUCCUUGAUUCUUUAUUUUAUUUUAUUUUUUUCCAAAACAAAAGGAGCCUCUCUGCCUUAUCGCUCCUGAUACUGACUGUGUGCGUAUGAAGAUGAGCUUGUAUACGUGAGUCGGAGUAUGCUUGCUGAGUUCGUUAGUCCCUUUUUAAACUUUUUUGACAAUUGGGAAGGGGGGAAAGAGGAGGAUCAGCAAAGCAGCAAAGACAAUUCUACAUUAUUAUUUCUUCUACUUCUCCAUCGUCACCAGACAUUGCACUUAAGCAGACAACUCAUCAAUUUACUGUCUUAACCCGUUGGAGCAACUGAGUAGGGGAAAAUAGAAAACAGCCCCUUUUUAGAUCAUCCUCAUACCCCAACAGUGAUUCAUUAAUUCCUGGGGUAUGCCCCCCCCCAACAAGAAAGGAUCCACUUAAAUGGUGUAACUGAUGGACUUUUGCUUGCAACAAACCAUCCACAGGCAUUUUUUCUGGACAAAUAGCCGAGCAGCCUGAUACGUCUUUUUUUUUUUUUUUUUUCCAGCCAUAACCAUCACUCUUUCCCCAAAGCUCCUCAUGGGACUCUGUGAUAAAGACGACUGAAAAGUUGUGAGACAAAAAACAAUGGCUUGUAACGAUAUGUGGACUGCCGUGCCGCCUUUCCAUAUCUGAUUGUUUCUCUAUUAUAAUAUAUGAUAAUAUGACUUCUGCAUACCAUGACAUUUUGCUCUCCCCUGAUGCCAUUUGAUGCCAUCCUGAUUUCAUCUAAUAGGAAUUGCACUUAAUUUUUUUUCCCCCUUCUGUUUUUGUUGCGGUUGGUUUUGUAUUUGAUUCAAAUUUGCGGCUUUCCCUUUCAGUUUUUACCCGCUCCGCUAACUGUAUGGGUUCAACUAUUAGACCCUCCGUCUUUAAAUGCCUUCCGAACAAUGUCAGUCUUGUCAAGGCUCACAGCGGCUUCUUAUUGGCUCUGUCUCCAGGUCUGUGUUACUAAUAAAACACUUGUCAGUAUCGACCAGUUACUAUCCAGCUUGAUUUCUUCUCACGCAAUUCAUUUGGUAAUCUUGAUAUAACAUCUUUCAGCUUGUCAACUGACCACUUUUGCUGGGGUGAUUAAGAGCUCAGAUGGAUUCACACUGGCAGUUCUUUUUUUGCUGUUCUUUUUUCACUAAUAAUCUGCUGCCAUCAUGUGGUGAGACAGGAAACUGCAUUGGCCCGCAACCGUCAUGAAGGGAGGAUUUAUUUCAUAACUGUCGUAUUAGACUGUGUUAGUUUUAGACAGGUGUACCUAAUGACCUGGCAAAUGCAGCCAAAUAAGACAUUAUAAAGAUACCUGUGCCAAUUUUGUAAUUUGAUUUACCCAGGCAACUGUGUAUUUCUAGCUUUUUUUCAGCAGUGCUGAUUUUAUCAGUUUGCAAUGUGGUCAUCACUGUUUUUUCAGUCAUAGCAUACAGGUAAGUUUCUGAACUACAAUAUCUGUCAGUACACAUCUGUAGAAGCAUUGUUUAAAUGUUAGAUAUGUGUUCCCUCAGUGUAGUCAUUCUAGUGCAGAGAUAGGCAGUCAUAAUGUGACAGGACUAUACUGGUAUACAGUAUAUUGGCUGUGGUUUCCAAUACCUCUGCCUCCUGAUGAUGGUUUGAAAGUAAAACAAAGCUUUAAACAGCAAAUGUGUAUCUAUCAUUGUUUAGAGCGAUUUUACUCCUGUAGAGUUCCAACUGGCCACCAUGUUAAAUUUCGACUUCUCUGUUGCGUUUGUUAACAGUUACUGGGAAUGGUGACUUCCAGGAAAGACUACUUUCUCUUUUUUCCCGCCCUCUUCCUGCACCUUACCGGCAGCUCAUACUCGUUACUCUGAAAGCAUGCGGAAUGUAUCCUCUUCUAAUCAAGCAUGUUGCCUGGUGUGAAUCUCACAGCUUUUUCUUUAACAAAUGCUUUUGUCCAUCGUGACAUAGGUGAAAACAAGUGCUGCAACACUCAUCUAGACUUGUAAAGUAUGAAUAUAAAGAAGAAUGUCCCUCCUAUCACCAAGAUAUCAAUCCAGGUUUGACUCAGCCUCAGUCUCAUCAGGUUGGAGGAAUGAGGCUGAGUCAGGAGACAGUGCAGUUGUGACUGAUGGGAACAGUCAGGCGUUUUGUCCUCUUGACCAGCCUCUGAUGAGGCGGGGCUGAGCUGUGGCUGCUGAGCCGUUUUGUGGGAGAGUUGGUAGUUGAGGAUCAUAUCAUGUUUUGCAUUGGAGGGAGAAAUUGUUUGUGGGAGAAAUAAUUUGGCAAAAAGACUGGCUUAGCCCAAGGAGGACCUAAGCCUCAGUGCUCCUCUGUAACAAGGAACGCUGAGGAGACAAGGGGAGGAGUGGAGGGAGCAAAGGAAACUGGAGUCUAUUAUGUUACACUCCAUCAAGAACUGACAUUUGCCGUUUACUUUGUAGAGGUGUUUAUAAGAUCCAAAAUAAGUGUCAUAGUAAGACCCAUGUGACUCAGCACAUUACAUCCUGCAAAACCUCAUAUCUCUUCCAAGUCCUUGACAUGGAAGAGAUAUGAGGUACAAAUUCACCAGAUUUAAUGUUUGGAAAGAACAAAAAGCAUCACUUAAAAAUCAUCCGUUAACUGGUUUUAGGGGAAAGGGUUUGUUCACUCUCAGGUCUGUCUCCAUUGCUGAAGAGGCGUGUGUGCAGGCACGAGGGACUUUUUCAAUGCAUGCUGAUUAUCACCUUGCACAGAACAAACCACUAUGACACUAUGAAGCGCAGAGGGGAGUUUAGGUGUCACAUGAGCAAGUAGAGUGAGUCACAGAGCUGUGGAUCACUUGCGCAACAGACAGGUUAGCAACUUUUCCCAUGAGUGUGUCAGGAAAUGGCCACACAAACGCAAACUGACUCUAAGACUGAAUUUACUCAGUAAAUGUUCUAUAGACCUACACUAUAUGCUAGAUAAAAUAUUCAUUUCCUUUUCAGCAGUAUGGUUUUUUUUUCUAAUCUCUAAAUAGGCAAGUGUUUUGGAAGUGAACUUCAGUAUUACAUUUGGCCAGCGGGUAGUGGUUUCUCAUAUAUUCCCCAACUGGUACAGCAGUGAUCCUGAAACCAGUAUAAACCAUUAAAACAGUAUAAAAACAGUAAGAAGACUACUCGAAAAUGAACCUCUGUUGAUGAGCUGUGUAAGUUAUAGCGGGAGAUUUUCCUGGAUGUCAUUAAAUAGAGUAUAUUGAAUUGCUAAAGUAGGGAAUUUCUAGCAAGGAAAUUACAACCCGCCCAUGAGGCUCUUCAGUGCUCCAGUGUGUGUUAAUAGGGGCCAUGACCCGAUGGGAUGUCAGUUUCAGGAGAGGAACUGCACUGCUGAUGUUGAAUGUGAUUCUAGCUUACUGACAUUUCAGCAGCGUUAGUAAUGAUCUCAUCGAUCACUUCUUAUUAAUCCGAUGUUGGGGCAACCAUGAAAUUGCGAAACUUCAAGCCUAAUCAGUCAGUAUUCAGCACUGUGCACGGUAAAUGAGUGAAUACCCAACAACUUACAAUAUUCCCUAUUUUCCUGUGCGCAUCUGGGCCCAAAUUCAACGCACAGUUGACCCAAACAGCCUUAAUCACAGUUUAAUAACGCAUGUUUUUGAGUCUCUUCUCUCUAGCUGCUAACCGCUGGGCCUCGGUCAUAUGACAAGGACAGCUGCCACUUCACCGCCCUACCCUACGUCUUUAGGCGCAGCGGUUGAUCAAAAUAAAAUAGUUCCACAGAAAAUUGCAUCAUAGAUUUACUAACUGCUUCAAAAAUUAGUACUUGUUA